AAUGAAAUCUCUGUCCAUGAUUUACGUUGGUAUCUUUCUCCCUUCGUUUUGUUGUCCCUCCCUCGUACGCUUUUCCCUUUCCUUCUCCACCGAUCUUUUCCAUUCCCAAAUCCUCAUUCCAACCAAACCCUUCUCUUCCAUGGCGAUAUAGCUCAUCAAUCACCUCUCCAAAAUGCACGCUUUCAAAGACAAAGUCACACAGAAGCUUUCGCAUCUCUUUUCCAAUAAUUCCCCUGCCUCCUCUUCCCCUCAGGCUAGUUCCUAUUCUAGAGAUGGUAAACCUGUGUCUUCAUAUUUAUCAUACAUUAUCCCAUCAAUCUACUUUGAUGGAUCAAACUCAAGCAAGACUCAACAUGGUCAUAAAGCAACUCGUUCAUCUUCUGGAUUUAAUUAUGAGAAUUUUGAGUAUCAAGAUGUUUCAUCGGAUAAAUAUGUCGAUUGUGAUACCGCAAAUAACAGCCCAGAUUUAACGAAAGAUGAAAAUACCAAUGAAGACCGAACCUCUACAAGGAAUAGUUCUACAAGGAAUAGUAGUAGUUGUAGUUCUGAGGUUUAUGAAGAAGCAAACGGGCAAACUCCAAAUCGUUCAAAGAAGUCUACGCUCAAUCUUUCGGACGAUUCUACUUUUAUAUCUCCAGAGUUGCAUGAAUUUUUCGAAUCGUGCCUCCCUAACAUUGUAAAAGGACGACAAUGGGUCUUACUUUAUAGUACGUUGAAACAUGGAAUAUCGCUUCGUACACUUAUUCGCAAAAGUGCUGAAAUUCCUGGUCCUGGUUUGCUGAUUGUUGGAGAUAAGAAAGGUGCUGUGUUUGGCGGGCUGAUAGAUUGCCCUUUGAAACCAUCAGCAAAGAGAAAAUAUCAAGGGACAAACCAAACUUUUGUGUUUACAACUCUAUACGGUGAGCCAAGGCUGUUUCGACCUACUGGUGCAAAUCGUUACUACUUCAUGUGUUUGAAUGACUUACUUGGACUUGGCGGUGGGGGUAAUUUUGCUCUAUGCUUAGAUGGAGAUUUGUUAAAUGGAACUAGUGGACCUUGUGAUACAUUUGGAAACCAAUGUCUAGCUCAUAGUCCAGAGUUUGAGCCGAAGAAUAUUGAGUUGUGGGGAUUUACACAUGCUAUGCACGGAUAAGAUAUCUUUAUUUCAGUGUCUAAUAGAAGCUCUCUCCUGUUUUUUAUUCCACUAUUCGAAUGUAGUUUAGCUUCGAGAGGGUGACUGUUUACACGUACACGAUCGAUUCAUUCGAUAUAGUGUCAAAACACGUCCCAUGUUUUUUUGGGUAUAUGGAUUUGUGGAAGUUGGAUAUAUGGUUGGAAGACAUUGUUGUGUGGUAGAGAAUAUGUAAGGUGAGUAUAAAGCACUGUCACCACUCACUAGCAAUAAUAAAAGUGAAUGUUUAGUCCAGUGGGAACAAUGUUAUAGCCACAGGUACUAAGUGAAGUAUUAACAUUGAUGCAAAUAUUGAGAUUGAAAUAUAAUUGGCAGCAAGAAUUCAUGUUA